AUGUCUCAAAGGCGAUCGUCGUCCGUCGAUUGUCCCUCCCAACGCACUGCCGGUGGCGGCGCCGCUGCUGCUGCAGCCGCCGCCGAUUACCGAGUCUCGGCUAAGCGCAAGUUGGACGAUUACGUGUCUUCAGUCGAAGAGGACGAUGAGGACCCGGCCGUCUGGGACCUGGUAAGCGUGAGAAUGCGGAAGGACGAUUCCCUCUCCGCCGUUAACUCCUCUUCCGACGGUCAGAACCAGGGUCGGUUUUCAUCGAGCGGCGGCGGCGGGGUUGGCGGUGAGGAUGGGCCCGUCUCUAGCUCGGGGGAUGGCGCCGGAGACGUCUCAUCUCUCCCUUCUUGUUCGCGCGCGGCUUCGCCUCCUGCCGUGGGGCUCACUACGUCGGUUACGAGGCUCCAGUUCUUCGUCCGGAUGAUCUCCAACGGGAAUCACAUCGUUAUCAAUGCCAGUUCGGAGGACACCGUGGAAAAGAUUCUGUUGAGAAUUCAGGUCAUCACUGGGAUUCCUGCUUCCGAGCAGAGGUUAAUUUACAACGGGAAGCAGCUGCAGCCGGAGCAAUCACUGGCGGAGUGUGCGAUUCAGAAGGAUGCCGCACUUCAUUUAGUUGGCCGAAUGCGGAGUACAAAGCAUCCACAGACUUGCCGGGUAGUCGAGGAAUUGGUAAUGCUUAUUUGCAAACUAUGUAAAGGCGGGAUGCAUCCUGCUUAUGCGCCUAAGCAGAUUACAGAUUUGAUGACCGAGUUCUUCAAAUUGACUGGAAACAGUGAAAUUGAGGACGCAGGCGGCCAUUUUGAGAUUUUCAUGUCAUACUCUGCUCCAGAAGCAUUGGUGAUGCUGUAUAUCUCGACCACCACAGGUAACAAAGAAUGUGCUGAUAGUUCGAUUAAGCACUUCGUUAACUCCUGUAGGGCUUUGCCAAAGUCAUUGCAUGCGAAGUGUGCACUUGUGAUCUUAGAAUUUUGCAAGUUGCUUAGGAAGGUUGCUAAUGAUGAUCUUCUGUAUGUCUGCUGUCGAAGCAUUCUUGGUUCGUUCUUGGAAAAUGAUCUGGGGUGGCGUUGGUCAUUGAAGUGUGGGGUAGGUGUGGACGAUGUAAAGGCAUCUAUUACGAUAUCAGAGAUUUUCCCUUUUGUUCAGGAGUUAGCUACUAGGUUGUGCGAUGGUCUGGAUUCGAAUCUGGAAACUCCAGGAAGUUUACGGCCAUCAGCUAGUGAUGUUCGUGACUUCUCUGGAUUCUUGUCACCAUUACGGACUGCUAUAGCAGAGCAGUUAAGAACUGGCCGACUGCUAUAUGCUGAAGAGAUUGAGCAGCUUCGUGUUAUAUUUUGGGACUUGUUAAUGAAGAUGGAUCAGUGCCUUCUUAAGUUGGACUCCUCGACUUCGAAGUCAAGUGGAGAAGGUGAGUUGAAUCUUACAUCAGGGUCUCAGUAUCUUGCCAUUUUGAAGGAACUGAAUGAAAUAAGUAAGCUUUACGAGGGUUCCGACGAAUUCUGGAAUAUGUUGAAACUUAGAAAGACUUCGAUUCGUGGUUUGAUCGUUAAAUACGCUAAGAGAACUGAUGAUCAUCAAUGGCUUCUUCUGCACAAGGAUGUAACAGAUUUUGAGUCGCGGAGGCAUUUGGCUAUGAUGAUGUUACCUGAGGUGAAAGAAGACUAUGAGGAUCUAUACGAGAUGCUUAUUGACAGGGCACAUUUGUUGGAGGAGUCAUUUGCAUAUAUAGGCCGUGCUGAACAUGAGUCAUUGCAUGGAGGUUUAUUUAUGGAAUUCAAGAAUGAGGAAGCUACUGGUCCUGGUGUACUGCGAGAGUGGUUUCCCUUGGUAGUUCAGGCUUUAUUCAACCCACAAUAUUCUCUUUUCCUGGCAUGCCCAAAUGAUCAAAGAAGGUUCCACCCUAAUCCUGCAUCUAAGGUGGAGCCGAGGCAUCUCGAGUAUUUCACCUUCUCGGGCCGAUUAAUCGCGCUAGCUUUGAUGCACAAAGUGCAAGUUGGAAUAGUUCUUGAUCGCGUCCUUUUCUCGCAAUUAGCUGGAGGACACAUAUAUUUGGAAGACAUAAGGGAUGCAGACCCAAUCUUGUACAGUAGUUGCAAGCAAAUUCUGGAUAUGGAUGCUGAGUUUAUUGACUCCGAUGCUCUAGGACUGACAUUCGUUAGAGAAUUCGAGGAGUUGGGGUCCAGGAAUUUUGUGGAACUCUGCCCCGGUGGGAAAAAUGUCAUAGUAAAUAGCAAGAACCGAGAAGAAUAUAUCAACCUCCUGAUUCACCAUCGAUUCGUCACAUCAAUCUCUGAACAAGUCUCGCAUUUUGCACAAGGCUUCUCUGAUAUUCUUUUGAAUGGAAGCCUCCCUAGGUUCUUUUUCCAAAGUUUGGAGCUUGGAGAUCUUGAUGGGAUGCUGUAUGGGAGUGAAGGUGCCAUCUGUGUUGAAGAUUGGAAGAGACAUACCAACUACAAUGGCUUUGAAGAAACAGAUCCUCAGAUAUCCUGGUUCUGGGAGAUCGUUGGGGAAAUGUCAGCUGAGCAAAGGAGAAUACUGCUCUUCUUCUGGACAUCGGUGAUGUAUCUUCCUGUAGAGGGUUUCCGAGGCUUGAGUUCUCGGCUCUACAUAUACAAGUCCAGGGAACCACAUGAUCACCUGCCUUCAUCCCACACAUGCUUCUACCGCAUCUGUUUCCCGCCUUACCCAUCCAAGGACAUCAUGCAAGAUCGCCUCCGCGUCAUAACCCAAGAGCACAUUGGUCGCAGCUUCGGCACCUGGUGA